AUGAACUUUACUUCUGAUCUAAUACAUGAAGUCCAGAAUGAGGCCCUCGACAAUGACAUGUGCCUGCUAGUGGAUGAGACUGACAAGUACCUAGGUGCAGCCACCAAGAGAGCUUGCCACCGAGUAGGGGACGACGGAAAACUGCUGCUGCACAGAGCAUUCAGCGUCCUGAUGUUCAACACAGCUGGAGACAUACUCCUACAGCAGAGAACUAGUCAGAAAUUACAACCUAAGGACUUCACUCUUCUAGCUCGGAUACUCUACAUGGACCCCGGCGACGGGGUAUGGGGGGAGUUUGAACUAGACUAUGUGUUAAUUCUUCAGAAGGACGUAGAUAUUAAACCCAAUCCCGAUGAAGUAGCUGACAUCCAAUACGUGCCGAGAAACAAAUUUGACAAUUUCAUCGCAAAUCUAAAAUAUCCCGUGACACCCUGGUUCAAACUGAUGUACCGGCACAUGCUGCCCUACUGGUGGGACAACCUGCACAGGCUCGACGAAAUCGCUGAACCACAAAAAAUACGAUCCUUCGUUAAAAAACUGUAA